UUUUGUCAAAAGUGACAAGAUUGUUAAAGUAUGACGUAUGAUAUGCAUAAAUAGUGCAUAAAAAUGUGAUUAUUCGCCAGAAUGUUCCCAAAAUUGUCCGUUUUCUACCGAAGACAACUCGCAACCCAACUCUGUCAGCCUCCGUUACCAACAAAACCCAUUGUGACUAUAAUCAAUGCCUAUUCAAGAAUCGGCCAGAGUGUUGCUUUACUCCUCAAGCAAAGUCCUUACAUCAACGAGUUAAGACUGUACGACAGCAACAAGGAAGUGUGCAAUGUGGCCGAGGACUUAAGUCAUAUUGAUACGAAGGCCAAAGUUAGAUCCUUUCGAGGACUACACGUGAUCAGACAAGCGAUUGAAGGUGCUGAUGUGUUGGUGCACUUGGGAGGAUGUCAAACAAAAUCAGGCGAGACCACCAAACAACUGUUCGAGAGGAACGUCGAUAAUGUCAGAAUGACCGCCUUGUACGCCGCCGAAUUCAAUCCCAAAGGGAUUUUUUGCAUUCAGUCACCACCUGUUGAGUGUCUAGUGCCGAUGGUCGUAGAGGAAUAUAAAAAAGCUGGUGUCUUCGAUGAACGCAAAAUCAUCGGAAUCACGUCAGUACCGACCAUGAUGGCUAAUUAUUACAUCGGUACCAAUACUGGCUGCGAUCCUUCUGAAGUAUUAACACCAAUCGUUGGCGGAAGUACUCCUUAUACCAUUGUUCCCAUUUUUUCGCAAGUCAGACCGCAACACAGACUCGAUACAGCAGCUUUGCUGAAUCUGCACAGAUCGAUAACGGAAGGUGAAGAUAAUGUUUUAAAAAAGAGCCACUGCGCAGACGGUUUAUGUUUAACCACAGCCGUUGGGGUAUCCAGAUUUAUUAACAACGUUGUCAAGGCCGUUUUAGGCGAAAAUAACUGUGUCGACUGUGCUUUCGUCAAGCAAGUUGGUCACAUUGAAAAAUUUCUACCUUACAUGACUUCCAUCGUCCGUUUUGGUCGGCAAGGCGUUGUUUCGACGCAUAUGCCCAAAAUUAAUGACAUGGAAGCGUACAGGUUGAAGAAAGCCGCAAUGUUUAUAAAGACCAAUAUUAAAAUGGGCGAAAGCUUCGUUGCUGGUGAGAAAUUUUUGGAAUUUAAGGAGAAACCUCUCGACAAGGUACCAAAGGAUGAGUGUAAGAAAGAACAGGAACCUAAUAAAUGUGCUUGAAGUGAAAAUACAUUUUUUAUCCAUU